AUGGCCAUCGGGCAUUGGGGGAAAGGUGGGGAGUCCAGCAAGGAAGGAAAAGGCUCUGAAGGGAUUGAAGCUGUGCUGGACAAAGACGGGGAUUUGGAGGUUGUCAGAAAGCCCCGACUGCCUGAUGCAGAAGCUGAGGGUCUUUCCAGGGAUAGAGUCUGUCCCAUCCUUUUGGCCAGAGGCAAAUACGUCGUAGAAGAGGAAGAGCUCGAGAACAGCAGCUGUGACAUUAUUAAGAUAGAGCACACUAUGGCAACCCCUUUAGAAGAUGUGGGCAAGCAGGUCUGGAGAGGGGCGUUCCUGCUCGCGGACUACAUCCUCUCUGAGCGAGACUUGUUCAAAGGCCGUACAGCGCUCGAACUUGGGGGAGGCACUGGGAUUGUCACCAUUGCCAUGGCCAUGAAUGCCAAGACUGUUUACUGCACAGAUGUUGGUGAAGAUCUCCUGGACAUGUGUCGACGCAACGUAGCUUUAAACAAAGACAUCACUGAGCCAGCUGGAAGCGAAGUGAAGGUCAGGGUGUUGGACUGGCUGAAGGAUGAUUUCUGCACUGAGUCUGGUGUUUCCUAUAGCUGGUCUGACAAAGAGAUGGCUGAGCUACAUGACCGCACCACCGUGAUUCUGGCUGCCGAUGUUUUUUAUGAUGAUGAUCUAACAGAUGCUUUCUUCAAAACACUGUACCGAAUUACUCACAACUUGAAAAACUCCUGUGCCAUCUACCUGUCGAUAGAAAAAAGGUUCAACUUCACCUUAAGACACAGGGAUGUUGCUUGUGAAGCAUACUGUCACUUUCAGAAUACCCUGGAUGACCUGGUGAACAUCAGGGACGGCAGAAUGAGUUACGCCAUCGAGCCUCUCGCCCUCUCCUUUCCGCAGCAUAUUGUUUACGAGCGAGUGGAGCAGUUGGAGUUGUGGAAGAUUACUGCAGUUCAGACCUCUAGAAAGAGCAGCUCUCCAGAGAAACAGAAGUAGGACUCCGAGACCUUUCUACAGAAUUGCUUGCAACAUAAUUUCUUUGGAGGGUUCUGUCCACAGUACACCCUUUGCAUGGAACCAGAAACUAAAUUGGUUUGGAGUAUGUCCAGUGAAGUUGAUGGUGGGUGGAUUUAGGAUGAACAAGAGAAAAUACUUCUUUAUGCUCUUGAGUGAUUAAAAUAUAAAAUUCGCUACCAGAGGAUGUAGUAAUGGUCACAGGCAUAGAGAGUUUUAAAAGGGGAUUAGACAGAUUCGUGGAGGACUGGUCUUAUCUGUGGUUACUGGCCAUGGUGACUAAAGGGAACCUCCAUAUUCAUCAGCAGUAAACCUCUGAAUACUAGUGCUAGAGCUGCUAUAGCAUAGUGGUUAAGUGGUUGGGCUGCAAAUCAGCACUCUGCUGCUUCGAAUUCCACCACUGCCAUGAAUACAGCAGGUGGCUUUGGGUAAGCUGCUCCUCCCAGCCCCAGCUGCCUUGUGAGGAUAAAGGUCACACUGGCUUAGUUCUCCGCUCUGAGUGGGGAGCUCAUCUGUCUAAAAGAGCAGCGUGUCUGUUCUGCGAGUUGCUGCAACUUAGUGGUUGAGUUGCCAGUCUGCGCUCUGGGGGUGCAACUCCCACGACUGCCGUGAGCUGAGCGGGUGGCCUUGGGGAAGCCGCUCCUUCGGGUCCAGCUCCCCAACUGUAUUGUGGGGACAAUGAUAACGGACCUUGUUCCUCGCUCUGAGUGGGGCACUCGUCUUUCGAGGAGAGCGGCAUAUAAGCCCAGCUAUUUAUUAUUAUAAGUGCCGUGAGCUCUGCAGGUGGCCUUGGGGAAGCCGCUCCUUUCAGCCCAGUGGUGUCCAGCAGAGGGAGACAUACGUGCAGCAGGAGUAGCAUCGAGGGAAGGCCUUGACCUUUGUGGCCUGUGGUUGGCCCUCCAUAACUAGUUGGCCGCUGUGUGAAACAAGGUGCUGGACUAGCUGGACCCCCACUGGUCUGAUCCAGCAGGGCUGUUGCUCCGUUCUCAUGUGCUUCAUAGUCAAUUAAAGGCAGAUCUGCGUUGG